UGUUCCCGUUAAAGGGGAACGCCGGGAGCCUCCCUCAGGCCCCUCGCUCCUCGCGCGCAGCCCCGCAGCGCAGCUGUCUUCGGAGACGCCAGCCGCCGACCCCACCGCGCCGAGUUUGUGCCGGAGGCCACUCAGAGGGUCGGGGACAACUAUCGUUUUGGGCUGCAGGAACCCCGCUGAGCAGAACCAGCCGCCAGAAUGCUCCUCCUGUUGCUGGGCAUCAUCGUCCUCCACGUCGCAGUGCUCGUGCUGCUCUUCGUCUCCACGAUCGUCAGCCAAUGGAUCGUGGGCAAUGGACAUGCAACCGACCUCUGGCAGAACUGUAGCACCUCUUCUUCUGGAAACGUCCACCACUGUUACUCAUCGUCAGCAAAUGAAUGGCUACAGUCUGUCCAGGCCACCAUGAUCCUGUCCAUCAUCUUCAGCGUUCUGUCCCUGUUCCUGUUCUUCUGUCAGCUCUUCACCCUCACCAAAGGGGGCCGCUUUUACAUCACUGGAGUCUUCCAAAUCCUUGCUGGUCUGUGUGUGAUGAGUGCAGCGUCCAUCUACACGGUGAGGCACCCCGAAUGGCAUCUCAACUCUGACUACUCCUACGGCUUCGCCUACAUCCUGGCCUGGGUGGCCUUCCCUCUGGCCCUUCUCAGCGGCGUCAUCUACGUGAUCUUGCGGAAACGCGAAUGAGGCGCCCAGACGAUUGGUCUGAGGCACUGAGCGUACAUCGGGGGAAGGGAGGAAGGAAAUCAAAAACCAGAAAAAAACACAAAAAACAAGCCAAAACACACACAAAAAAGAGCUAGCCAAAAAACCCAAACUCAAACCAAAUAGAAAGCAGUUGAAGGGGGGGUUCGUGUUCACUGAAGAUGUAUAUAAUAUCUAUGGUUUAUAAAACCUAUUUAUAACACUUUUUACAUAUAUGUACAUAGUAUUGUUCGCUUUUUAUGUUGACCAUCAGCCUUGUGUUGAAUCUUAAAGAAGUAGCUAAGGAGUUUUACACCCUAACUGUAUAACCGAGCUCUGUUCUUUUGUUGUUCGCUGUUCUUUUCUGUUUGGCCCGGACGUAAAAUAACUCCCAUCCUGCCCCUUCCCUUUUAUCUGGAAGAAGAUACCUCCCUUCCACCUCAUUCAGAAAACCGAAGCGUGGGUGGGAACCCCGACUGGCCAGAAGCCCUCACUUUGUGGGUGACCCAGGUCCCGCCCACACCUCUGUGCAAAGCCAUGGACAAAACCCCCAAACUGGAGCCCUCGGCAAAAACGCGGCUUUGAGGCUUUGGAACACUUGCCCUUGACAGUGAGUGUCUCAGUCGCACGUCUAGGUGAUGAGAUGUUGGUGACAGCAAAUCUAUGAAAUGGUGCUAUGGAUUUACCAUUCCUUAUUAUCGCUAAUCGUCUAAACUACUCACUGGAAACUCAAUUAACGAUUUUACGACAUAAAGUAGAAUGGAGACCUGAGUAAUUCUGUGUCAUAUAAAUGGUUUAUAACUGCUUUUGUACCUAGCUAGGCUGCAGUUAUUAUGAUAAUAAAUAAAUAAUAAACACAGCC